CAUCAUUCCGACAAGUAUGGACUCAGUUUCUCGGCUUCUCGGUCGAAGUCCCGCUCGUGCAGGCCUAGGUGAGACCAGGGCGCCUUGGUAGCGCGACGGGCGAGCCUCAGAGCUCGAGAUGCCUUGGCACACCUUCAUGUCCAGGACGUGAACAACGGGAACCCUCGUAUUCCUUGGGCACCUCCUGGUCGGGAGCUGCAUCAGGCUCCGCAUGGCUGGCGCUGUUCACCAUGCCAGGCUUCCGAGCCAAGUGCUGCGCGACAAGGUCCUCGUGGUCGCGAUCGUCGACUCUGAGAUGCGCCUCGACUGCCCAGGCAGCAGCAGCCUCCUUGGCACACUCGGCCAGACCACGCCGCAGCUCGUAAAAAGUUGCAUCGGCUCCGUGGGCCGCAGCCCCUUGCUUGGCGAACUCGUCGGCCGCGCCGUUGGCGCGGUGCUCCCACUCUGUGGUGAGGCCUGCGUCCACCUGCGCCUUAGCGCAGUGCGCCUUAAUCUUAAACACCUGGAAAUCUGAGCUCUGGAAAGCACCUCAGAACUGACCCCACAGGUGAGCUCGCAUCUCUGGCGACUCCAACCCGACGACGGGCUCCCAGGGGCGCGUCCGUCCCCGAGUUACGCGAGGAGGUGACCCUGGAGCUUGAGGGAAUGCUCCAAGCCUGCUGAAGCUUCUCGUCGAGCUCGGAACUGCUGCACAAAUGCUUCGACUUCGACGAGACGGGCAACCCCAGCUGCUCGAAACUGGCGAAAAAGGAUUCCGCGCCGCCUGCCAGCUGGGUCACUACCACAUCGGCUUGGGCCGCGAUCUGCAGCGCGACGUCAUCUAUCACGUUGCGGGUCGCCAGCUGAGGUCGGCCAAAAUGCGCGUGAGACAGAGGACUCAACAAGAGAAGCCGUGCUAGCGUGGUCGCUGCCGACCACCCUGCAAUAGUCGAAAGUGAGCCUGGUAGGUCAAAUAGCAUCCGUCUCCAUGGGAGGCGGAUGAGCUCACAUUGCAUCCAAUUCCAUGUCGAAGGAAUACGAUAUGGGGAGUGGAUGGGUAGGAUAGGAUAAGAUCGAUGUAUCGGUUUUUCUAGCACAUAGCGAACACUACGGUAAGUGUCCGGCCAAAUAGGGCGCGCGUGCCUUGAGCCAAAGGCAACGGCGCGCGAGCUAUACUCCCGGUACUAUAACAUCUCCCAAAGAGCUACCCUUAAAGU